AAUCUCAAAUCGAAACUCCAAAAUAUCAAGUUCAAACUCCAGAAUCUCUAUCCGAAACUUCAGAAACUCAAAUUAUAACACAAGAAUUUCAAGUUUUACCCUUGGAAUUUCAAGUUCCAACUAAUAAAGAAUUUCUGUCCCAAGAAAUAUUUCAAGUAUUUACCCAAAAAAUGUCUCAAGUCUUGACUAAAAACCUCAAACUUUAA